UUCCCCAGACAAUGGCAUUACCAAACUUUCGCAGUAUUCAGCAAACGCCGCCUCCCCCAGCAUCUCGGUCUAGGGGUUAUGACAGAAAUGCACCAAGUCCAUUUGUACCCUCCUCGCAUGGUCAUCCUGCAUUUAACCCUGUCAAAGUCAGUUCUCGAGGUGGAGUAAGUAAUCACUUUCAGGGAGAUUCAAGGGGACCAAAACAACCCAAGCCCCCAGACAAGCCCCUGAUGCCUUAUAUGCGCUACAGUAGAAGGGUUUGGGACUCUGUUAAGGCAGCUCAUCAGGACUUGAAGUUAUGGGAGAUUGGUAAAAUCAUUGGUCAGAUGUGGAGGGAGCUGUCUGAUCAGGACAAACAAGAGUACAUGGAUGAGUAUGAGAUGGAGAAGAGUCACUACAAUGAUGAGAUGAAGAAGUACCACAACUCCUCAGCUUACCAGUCCUGGGUAGCAGCCAAGGGCAAAGCUGCAGCAGAAGCUGCCAUGGAAGAAGAUGAGAAAGAGAAGCUGGCGCAAAGAACUCCUCGCAGCACUGGAGCCUCCAAGAGUUCUAAAAUGGACACAGUUGGCAGAAUCAGCAUACAGCAAGCAGAUGAUGAUGAUGAAGGUGAUGAUAGUUUCUCUGUGAAGCAUAUGGCACACACACGAUAUCUACGCAAUCAUCGCCUGGUUAAUGAUAUCUUCAGUGAGACAGUUGUGCCAGACAUUCGAACGGUCGUAACAACAUCGAGAAUGGGUGUACUUAAAAGACAAGUCCAGUCUCUUACCAUGCACCAGAAAAAGUUGGAGGCAGAAUUGCAGACAAUAGAGGAAAAGCAUGAAGCAAAGAAAAGGAAAUUCCAAGAGGCCAGUGAUUCAUUCCACGAAGAACUGAAAAAUCUCUGUGAAAACAAACCACAAGUGACAGAGGAACAGUUCAAUGCCAUGGUUGUGAAAGCUAAAGAAGAUCUGAAAGUUCGACAUCAGCAGUACUUACAGCAACAGGAGGAAGAGAGGAAAAAGCAGGCAGAGCUGGCGGAACAGAGGAGGAAAGAGGAGGAGGAAAGGGAGAAAAUCGAGGCAGAGGAGAGAGAACGACGGGCCCAGGAGGCCAAGGAACAGGGGCUGAGUCUGGACCAUAAUCAGAAUUCGCAAGAGGCACCAACAGUGCUGCAAAAUAUGUUAGAUGAGAGCGCUAUGUCUGAUAGACUUGUUAAUCCAGAGGAGGAUCUAGAGCCAGACAAUCCAGAUAACAUGGAUGCAGAAUCCAUGGACUCAGAGAAAACUGAGGACAUGUCACAGGACGGAAUGAUGGGAAUGGAGCCCUAUGAAAAGGAGGGAGAUGAUCCUCUAUACUCCCCAUCCCCUGAUUCCCCCACAACCUCCCCAGACAUGCUGACCCAUGACAAGUCUAUGGAUCAGAUGGACAGUCCAGAAUCACAGGAAGAAACCACACCCAAAAAGAAGAAAAAUAAGAAAAAGACCAAAAAAGAGGAGAAAGACAAGAAAGAAAGAGGGGAGGAAUCAGCCAGUGAAGAGGGUCCGCGUAAAUACCCCUGUGAUAUUUGUGGGAAAGCAUUUAAACACAAACACCAUAUGACAGAACAUAAACGCCUGCAUACCGGCGAAAAACCCUACUCUUGUACUCGGUGUGGAAAACGAUUCUCCCACUCAGGGUCCUACAGCCAACACAUGAAUCAUCGCCUCUGUAAACCCAGUGCAAGUACAAACGAAGGCAAAGGCCAGAAAGAUCUGGAGAAUCCACCAUCUGUUGAAGAAGAAGAUUCCAUGGACUCCUCCAUUGAUGAGAGACCAGAAGAGGGGCCAGUGACUGGCAAGUGAGACAAAGAUAGUGGACCUGAAGAAUGGCAGUGACCAUGGUGACUGGCAAAUGAAACAACAAGAAAGGGAUAAUGGACCUGGUUGUUAAACUGCUGCCAGUACAGUGUACAUAUUUCACAAUUCAUGUAGUGCCCAAUGUUGUUCAGUUUUCAUCACUUAUAGGUGCUGUAUUUGGAGGACAUACAUUUUUCGGUCACUGGAGUCGGUCACAUGACCUAUUGUUAUAUGUUCCAGUCCAUCUUCAUAUAAUGAGCAAAGUGCUCAAUUUAAAAAAAUACGAAAAACAUUUUCAGCUUCUUCACUGAAAUGGCUAAACAAAUUUCAGCCAGUGUUGGUAUGAAGCAACAAUAGAUGAAGGGGACUAGAAAUAAUGUCCCUGUCCUUUUGAAGCCUGAGGAGUGGGGCCAAAAUAUAAAAUAUUUUGCAAUAUACAUGCUAAAAACUAUGUGAUUGUACAUUGUUGUUCUGUAUAAAUCAAAGUUGUGCAUUAAGGUUUUAUGUUAGGCAAGCUGAUAUGAAUCACAUCAUGAUAUAUUAAAGGUAUGUAAAGCAGUU